AUGUCACUUCCGCCCGUACAAGCCAACAACCGCAACAACAACAGCAACAAUUUUUCACAACCUCAUCAGCAAUACCAUGACUUGUCAUCACAAAAUCCAAACCCGUCUGAAUCAGAGGAAUCCACCCCAUCGAAUCCCAGAAGAAGAAGACGAAAAUCACUCACCUUUCCCAAAAAGUUUGCCUUUCUCUCAACAUCGGAUGGUCUUGGUCGAGAUGUUUUCAAGAAUUUUCUAAACCAUUCAACAAGUAAUCAUUCCAAUGGAAGUAGUCAUGACAACAAUAAUCAUUCAAUUUUUCAACCAUCUAGUAAUAGGGAACCCAAUUCAUCAUUGAGUAAUACUAUUUGUGCCAACAACAACAACAACAGCCGUAAGGAAACAACCAAUUCGAAUGCAAUCACAUCAAAUUCCAUGGUAGAACCCCUCACACUAUUGGGUGGACCCAGUGCCAUCACCGCUGUGGUCGCUCAUAAGAAAACGAUUGCAAGUCCUUCGACAAGAUUAUUUUCCACUCUGACGAAAAUUUUACCCAAAAGCACAACAACACUCUCAGAAACCAAAACUUUCAAUUUUAUUGAUGAAUCUUUGGGAGAUCGAUUUGUCUUUUAUCAAAUUAUGGCAUAUCUUCCCAUGAGUGCAUGUUUGGGAUCAGCACUCGAUUUGGCAACUUUGUUUGAGUUUGAAAAUUCAAAUCAUUAUACAUGUUCGAAUGGAAUUUCAUCCUUGCCACAACCACUGACACGAAAAGAUAUUUAUCAACGAUUUGAAAAUGGUAGUAUUUUGUUGAAUUGCAUGCUUGUACAUUCGAGAUGGUAUCAAUUAUUGAAUGAUGAAGUAUUUUACAAAAUUAUUGUGAAUGAACAAUUUCCAGUGUAUUAUGAAAUGUAUUACAAACAUGCUCAUGGAAAGACAUUACACGAAUUGGAGGCAUUUCAUUUGAAGGAGCCCUCGAAUACCAACCAUGUCACAACUAAUCUCACUUGUGAUCGAACAACAAAUCAAAUCUCCAAAAAUCCAUCUGAACCUCAUGAAUGUCAUGAAUGGAAAUUGAUUUUGAUUGAUAUUCUUUCAGGAAUGCGAUGGAGUCCUUUCAUAAGCCGAGAAAAAGAAUAUUGUUACUUUCAUCCAAACACGUUUUUUGCUCGGGAGAGUAGAUGGAAAUCGUCACCCUCCUUCUCUUCUCAUUUCUCUCAUCAUCAUUCACCUUCGCUGACCAUUGUGAGUUCGUCUCCAACCAACUCUCCAACUUUGCAUUCCUCCAAUGACACCAACAUGUUAUUUCAUCAGAACUCUAAAUGUUAUCAUUCCAUGAGUGGACCAUCAUGCUCAACACCGUCAGUACUCAAUGGAAACAUUUCUCCAAAUUUGCCAUCACCUUCUACAUUGUUCACAUUUCCAAGACGGGGAGGAGUUGUGUGUGAAAAUGGAAAAGUCAUUAAGGCACCGGUCGAAUGUAUUCCACGACUGAAAAGUACCUAUCAAUUAUUCCGAAUGGAUAAACCCAUUUUGUGUGACAUGAAUGUUGAAUUUCAAAUUAUGGAAGAACAACACAAAGAUUUCAAAUCUAAAAUUCAUGAAGAUAAUUUUAUAUUGCUUGGAAUUGUCGACAGUGAUUUACUGUAUUCACAUGGUGAUGUGGUUGGAACUCCAACACAAACAUCUCUCGUAAAUGAACCUAUGAGUGAAACCAUUUCUGCAAAAUUUAACUAUCUUGGAGUUUACAAUAUUCGAUCCAGAUAUUGUGGAAGAUCGAGAGAAGUCGAGUUGAAUUUAGGUUAUGCCAGUAAUGGAUAUUUAUGUUAUUCGACAAGUAAUGCUGGGCUGUUUUAUGACAAGUGGAAACCAGGAGAUUUGAUCUCAUUCGAAGUGACUGGAAUUAAUCACUAUUCUCGAAAACGAAAACGAGAUCGAAAGAAAGAAUAUGCUCAAGUAUUGAUUCGACACAAUGGAAAAAAUGUGACCCUAAUUGAAGAUUUCAUGUUAUUGAAUGGUCCAAUUUCAAGACAAGACUCCAUUACACCAUUUCCCAAGCUCUACUAUUUUGCAUGUAAUUUUUAUUAUGGAGGAAAUAUGAUUCAUUCAAUGGCGCACCCAAGUGGAGUCAAGAUUCAUUCCAUAAAAUAUUUGUAA